CCAACAGGCCAUCAGUGAUCUGAUGAGCCGCAGAUAAAGCUUAAAGUCUUAUAUGACGAUAUAUCAUCAUAUAUAGAACUUCUUUCCUUUAUAAAGUCAUAUAAAGUCAUGUAAAACGCCGUAAUCAGCGUAAAGUACCCUGGGUAGACUCGAAGGGGUAUGUCGAAUACACCCACAGGCUGUAGAUUUGGAGAAGGAACAACUGUCUUUCUUUUUCAACUUGGUCUGACAACAGGAGACUAGUAGUACCUGCUAACUUCAGCUCAAUAUGAGUGACUAUUCUCCCGAUUUGAUUGGUCUUCAGAUUGUAGCAUAUACUGCAGUUGCAUCCAUGGCAGUUUUACUUUUUGACUUCACCAUCACCUUCGACUCAGAGGUUCGUUUCACAUGGGGAAGAAAGUGGGGGAUCACGAGGAUAGCCUUCGUCGUUUCUCGUUAUUUGCCAUUCGUAGGCCUUGUCAUGAUCGUGUAUUACUCAGUCGAGUCCACUCAUGGAGGAAUUCCAAAUCUUGGGAGGUUCACUGCUAUAUAUGAUAGUAUCCGCUGGUUGAGUAUCGCUGCGGCUGAGGUCCUGCUUGUGACAAGGAUCUACGUGAUCUGGGGGUGCGAAAAGAGGUUCUUGGCUUUGGCAGUGGUUUUGUCUGCUGCCAUCUCAGCAGUAGUGCUGGUAAUCUCAAUUAUCGAUGCAAUUAAAUCCGGAGUUUCGACGCGCGGUGUAUUUGAGGAAAGACGUGACGCUAGCAUGUUUUAUGGCUUGUUGGUGUUCGGGGAGCUUGUGAUGCUGUUGCUGACGCUGUACAAACACUUCAAAUCCUACCGACUGGAGGGCAGUCCGCUGCCAACUACAGUAUGUCGGGAUGGCAUCGUUUACAUGCUAUGUAUUACUCUGGUCUCGAUGGCGAAUUGCGUUACCAUUGCCGUACUACCUUCAUCCUACACUGCACUUCUUGCUGGCCCACAGGUAGUCGCGCACAGUGUACUCGCCUCACGUAUCCUGUUCAAUCUACGAGCAAUGACCGACUUGCAGGAUGUUGCUACAAGCGAACUGGUUGUCUCGGUAGUGGUUUUUUCUCGAUCCAUGGCGUUCCAAACCCCAUCUGGUGUGGAUCAUACAGAGUGGAAUUAGUAGUCCAAUUCUACAGCAUCUUAAAUCCUACAUCCAGUAGGCCAAUGUAAUAGACAACUACCUAUAGCAUGUGUAAUAUGUAACUUCUACAAUCAGCACAUAUAC